AAGAACCAUAAUAUUUACAAACUUUGUCUCAACCAAGAGACAGAUGUUUUAAUUAUUUAUUACUUGGUAAUUUAAGUUAAAACAUAUAAUUAAUUUAUCAGCAUUUAAACUAUAGUAUUAAUAGGCAAUAAUGGAUUUACAUAUAAUGCCAAAUAAGAGUGAAGUGGAUAUGACUCCAGAAGAACGGAGAAGAGCCGAUCACAUAAAAUUGCAUCAAAAACAUGAAGGACAUGAAUCAAUGCACGCCGAAAUGUUACUUAUAUUAUUUAUAACAUUGAUAGUAGUCCAAGUGCUGUUAGUAGAAUGGAAAAAAAGAUACUUCAAAUCUUAUCAGUUAGUUACACUUAUAGCGGUUUGGUUAAUACCUUUUGGAAUGUGUUUGAGAAACUAUUGGUGGAGAUUUAUAUUUUCAUGGUUGUUAUUUUCAUGCAUAACAGCAUUAAUAGUUAGAAAAGCUUUACAAAAACCCAUUCGAGGAACGACACCUAGAUUAGUUUAUAAAUGGUUCUACUUUAUAUACAGGCUGAGUUACGUUCUUGGAAUAAUAGGUUACAUAAUUGCACUAGCAACAUUUUUUGGAUUAAAUUUAGUUUUUGAUGUUAAGCCAUCAAUUUGGAUGGACUGUGGAUUAUUAUUUUUAUUUUAUGGACUUUAUUUUGGAGUAUUAGGCCGUGAUAUAGCUGAAAUAUGUACAGAUAAAAUGGCAGCUCAUAUAGGAUAUUAUGUACCAGGCAGCAUGCCUACAAGGACAUUAGACCCUAAUGUCUGUGCUGUUUGUGGUAAUAAAAUUUUAGUUCCUGAAUUUGAGGAAGGAGUUAUCGAAAACAGUUACAAGUUAAGUUGUGAACAUAUUUUUCAUGAGUUCUGCAUUAGAGGAUGGUGUAUCAUUGGAAAAAAACAAACCUGUCCUUACUGCAAGGAGAAAGUUGAUCUCAAGAAGAUGUUUUGUAAUCCAUGGGAAAGGCCACAUGUACUUUACGGACAAUUAUUGGAUUGGAUCAGAUGGUUAGUAGCUUGGCAACCAUUAAUUUUAUUUCUAGUUCAAGGUAUAAAUUGGGCAUUUGGCCUUGAAUAGGCAGUGUAAAGCUAAUUGUGAAUAAAACCAAAUCUAAUAAAUAAAUU